AUGACAUUUAUCGGCGACCAGGACGAGCUUGCCAACCGUUGUGCAGCCGAAGGCGCCGUAAUCGCCCCGUUGACCGAGAUGGUGUGGUUCGUCGUACUGCCCCAGCCUAGGGGUCCUUACACCGGCGACCCGACCCUCGUGCCUCGCCUCCGCUGGCAGAUCCAGAACGGGGCCGAACUUGUGUCGUUCGAGUGGGUACUGGCCAGACUCGAUACGAAUGACAAACCUCUCGCCGAGGACUAUGCGGUUACGCUCCCGCCAUAG